GCAGAUAGCGCCCCAGGAACUGAACUCAGGGCCUCAGUGCUGAAGACUGCAAAGCUAACCAACAUGUUAAAAAUUAACUAAGUAGAUGUGAUGCAGAAUAUGUCAAUGUAAGGUGAAAUUAAUGUACAACGAUCUUUUCAUGUCAAGGUUUUAUUAGUCUUGUGCUCAGAAGCCUAAUUGACCAAGCCUGCAAACACUGGCACAACUGGUAGUUAUUAUGUACAGUAGUUAUAAAUACCCCUUCAUUUCACGUGGAACAGCUGAGUGACUUGCAGCUGCCUUUAUUGCUACAGCCCAAGAUAACCAGGUACAGAGAGAACAUUUAUUGCCCCCUCAUUAGACCACUAUUCUUAUAAAUUCCAUGCCCAGAACAGACCUAUACCAUUUCGCCAAGAAGACCCCUCACCAUAUCUGAACUCAAGUCAGCUCCUGUACGGAAACAUGAAGCUUGCCUGGCAAAGAACUGGAUGGAUUUUUUUCUUUGUCUUUCUUCAGGGCAGCAGAGGAAUGGAGGAAAGGGGUGUGAAGACUGCAAUGUUUGAAGCUGAACAACAGUGGACCUUGAAGAAUUACAAUUACACUAAAUACCAUACAAUGGAGGAUAUAUACAAAUGGAUUAAUAUGAAUGUCGCCGAAUACCCAGACCUCGCAUCUUCUCAGUUCCUGGGGAUGACUUCUGAGAAUCGACCCAUUUAUCUCCUGAAGAUUGGUAUCAGAACGGAUACACCUAAGAAGGCCGUCUGGAUGGACUGUGGCAUCCAUGCCAGGGAAUGGAUUGCUCCUGCCUUCUGCCAGUGGUUUGUGAAAGAGAUUCUACAGAAACACAAGGAAGAUGAAAAGUUAAACACUAUGCUCCAGAACCUGGAUUUCUAUGUCACUCCUGUGCUCAACAUUGAUGGUUACAUUUAUUCUUGGCUGAAUAGUAGUACUCGCCUGUGGAGAAAAUCUAGGUCAGCUCCCCCAGCUAACUGUACUUGCUUUGGGGUAGAUUUAAACCGGAACUUCGAUGCGACCUGGGGCACUCUUGGCAUCUCUUCGGACUGCUGUUCUGACAUGUACUGCGGGACGGGACCAAAUUCCGAACCAGAGGCUAAGGCAGUGACGGAGUUUUUAAGCAGGCGGAAAGACCAGUUCCUGUGUUUUCUCACCAUUCACUCCCGUGGGCAGUUGCUACUGUAUCCUUAUGGGAAUCCGGAGAAGAAGGCUCCCAAUUAUAAAGAAUUGAAAGAACUGGGCGAAUCUGCUUCAAAAGCGAUUAAGGAUGUACAUGGAAUGGUAUACAGAGUGGGCUCUCCUCCAGAACUUUUGUACAACAAUUCUGGAUCAUCCCGAGACUGGGCGAAGGACAUUGGAAUUGAGUUUGUCUACACGUUUGAGCUGAGAGACAAUGGGACCUACGGAUUUCUACUGCCUGAAGAACAGAUCCAGCCCACUUGUGAAGAAGUCUUUGCUGGUGCAAGGACUAUCAUCAGUCACGCCCACGACAAGCACUUUCCCAGCAGCGCAGUUCCUUCUGCUCCUGCUCUCUGGAUAGCAGUGCUAGCAGCCUGGAUUUCAUUCCAGACAUUUACAUAACACAGGUAUCCGCUGUGAGGCUGUAUGGCAUCAAGAGUAUCACCACUCAUUAUGUCCAUCUAAAAAUAUCUUCCACUCAUUUUUAAGGUGUUCUUUGUCUCCACAACUGUCUUUUUUAUAUAUAAAAUCUGUGACGCAACGUGCAGGAUUUGCAGUAUGUCUUUGCUUUCCCAUAAAAAAAAUCCUGUGGUCCUGCGGUUCUCUUUUGUGUGCGAGGUUUCUCUGUUAACAUGAGAUGAGUUCAAAGCACUGUGAGGGUUUGAUCGGUAGACAUAAAAACAAGCACUUGUGGACAGAAUUUUAAAAGGGGCAUUUCAAGAGCCCAGGGUAGGGUGUUGUACUGUGUAACAAUGAAGGAGAUGUGUGCAUUGCAAUCUUCGAAGUUGCCUCUUAGAUGGGAAAAAAAUGAAGAGCAGAUUUAGCUGUUAACAUCUUGUAAGCUGUUGCCAACACUACGGUUCAAUGGAGUCUGAAAUGGCAUU